AUGUCUUUUAGAGGAGGAGGUCGCGGUGGCUUUGCCACUGGUGCCAAUCGCGGAGGUUCCUUCGGUGGCCGUGGUGGCCGCGGAGGCUUCCAGCAGCCAAUGGGACCACCAGCACAAGUUCUGGAGAUGGGAUCUUUCAUGCAUGCCUGUGAGGGCGAGAUGGUCUGCGAAUCGAUCAACCCGAAGAUUCCUUAUUUCAAUGCCCCUAUCUACCUGGAGAACAAAACUCCUAUCGGAAAGGUUGACGAGGUUCUUGGCCCUAUCAACCAGGUCUACUUCACCAUCAAGCCUCAGGAAGGAAUUGUCGCAACUUCUUUCAAGCCUGGUGACAAGGUCUACAUCGGUGGGGAUAAGCUCCUGCCAUUGGAGAAGUUCCUUCCUAAGCCUAAGCCGCCACCGGGUAGGAUCCCAUCUACGACCGAACAUAUGUUGCGCAUAUUACUGACAAACAUUCAGGUGCUGCUAAGCCUAAGAGAGCUGGAGGUGCUACCAGGGGUGGUCCUCGCGGUGGUAGAGGAGGCCCUCGUGGUGGAGCGAGAGGUGGACGCGGCGGAUUUGGCGCCCCUAGAGGCGGAGGCGGCUUCCGCGGUGGAGCGAGAGGAGGUGGAGGCUUCCGUGGUGGAAGCGGUGGCUUCUCCAGGGGAGGCGGCAGAGGAGGACCUCGUGGUGGAGGUUUCCGACGUUAGACAGUCUCCGUCUUGCUUAGCACUGUCUUAUUACGGCGUUAUGGGAAAACGGGAGCUUUUGCAGGAACUUUUUGUGUCAAUUUUUCUGUGCAUCCUAGGUGGCUUGCCUCUUCGCAAAGGCUACUUCGAAUUGAGCAUGUCUCGUAGAUCAUCGGCCAUGCCGUCGAAUACAUCUACGAAUAGCGGUGUCCCGCCUGCCAGUGACGGAGGUCAGGAAAAGCAGAAGAUGCUUUUGUCGGCGGAAACAGGGCACUUCAGCUUGGUCAGGGCUUUGCAUCUUGCAGAUCUAGUAACUGAGCUUAACGUUAUGUCCGUCCUCUCGUCUAUGCGUUACUGUCUAGGAGACCCUCAUGAAUAUGGUGCCAUCUGGUCUGCGCUUGGAUUUAUGCCUUUCGGACUUUUCUUUGAUUUCAUGGAUGGAAAGAUCGCAAGGUGGAGGAACAAGUCAUCGCUCAUGGGACAAGAGCUCGAUUCAUUGGCAGAUCUGAUUUCUUUUGGUAUGGCACCGGCCGCGGCAGCCUUCGCUCUUGGAGUCCGCACAAAUGUCGACCACCUCCUCCUAGCCUUCUUCGUCCUUUGUGGCCUGACACGGCUAGCCCGGUUCAACGUGACGGUUGCCGUACUUCCCAAGGACAAGACUGGAAAGUCUAAGUAUUUCGAGGGCACGCCAAUUCCGACCACACUGUCCAUUGCUGCGCUCAUGGGUUACUGGGUUUCUCAGGGAUGGAUUCAAGAAGAUCUCCCACUAGGCGUUAUUGCGCAGGGCACAGCCCUUGAAUUCCACCCUGUGGCUUUGUUGUUCGUCCUGCAUGGCUGUCUGAUGGUCAGCAAGUCUAUACAUAUUCCCAAACCCUGA